AUGACGGGAAUCAACCUGAGAGAUGAAGAAUCCAUGGGGAGUUUCUCGACAAAGAUGUCGGAUAUGAGGUACGACAUAUCUCAUAUGUCCGUGACGGGCGACCACUUCCUGGCUCAAGACAUCACGUUUGAGAACACGGCCGGUGCCGUGAACGAGCAGGCAGUGGCUCUCCGGGUAGGUGCCCAAAAAUCAGCCUUCUACCAUUGCGGCUUCUCGGCCUACCAAGACACUCUCUACGUCCACUCCAAACGGCAGUUCUUCCGCAACUGUUUCGUGGCCGGCACGGUCGAUUUCAUCUUCGGCAACUCGGCCGUAGUCCUCCAGAACUGCGACAUCGAAGCACGCAUACCUGGCAAGGGUAAGCAGAACAUGGUUACGGCCCAAGGUCGGAUCGACAAGAACCAGGACACAGGGAUCGUUAUCCAGAAGUAUUGUCGGAUGAAGUUAUCAACGCCACGUCUGAUCUCUGGCCCGUGA